UGCCCCGCGGGGGCGGGCGGCGGGAGGAGCCGGGCUGGGCGCAGUGCUGGCCCAAGAGCUGCCGGGCGGCCCGGCUCGGCCCGGCCGUCCAGAGAAAGUUGAACGCUGUGUUGUGUCCUCCUCGUUCUUCUCCGCCUCAGCCCGCGGCAUGGCCGAUGAACUGCUCUCCUUCCGGGCCUUCCAGGGUAGCUGCCCCACUGGCUAUGGCUACGACGGCAGGCUGCGCGGCUUCCGGGAGCGCGAGUUCCCCCAGCUCCGAGGGAUAACUUACCUUGACCAUGCAGGUUCAACGCUUUUCCCAGAGAGUUUACUUAAAGCUUUUACAGAUGACCUCAGAAACAAUGUUUAUGGCAACCCUCAUAGUCAGAGUACCAGCAGCAAACUGACAUAUGACACAAUCGAGCAUGUACGAUACAGAAUAUUACAACAUUUUCACACUACAUCUGAAGAUUACACUGUCAUUUUCACAUCUGGAUGCACGGCUGCACUUAAACUGGUAGCAGAAGUAUUCCCGUGGGUACCUGAAGGCACAGAGCAACUGAGUAGUCGAUUCUGUUACCUAACUGACAGCCACACAUCCGUUGUGGGUAUGAGGGGCAUAACUGCCUCAAUGAAUGUAUUAUCUGUUCCUGUAAAACCAAAGGAUAAGGUGUUAUUGGAGAAAGACUGGUUACCAGCUGAAGAACAAAACUGCACAACACCUCAUCUUUUCUGUUAUCCAGCUCAGAGCAACUUUUCUGGUACCAAAUAUCCCCUUUCAUGGAUAAGAGACAUAAAAUCUGGAAAACUCUGCCCCAUCAAAAUACCAGGGAAGUGGUUUGUUCUAUUAGAUGCAGCCUCAUAUGUGAGCAGUUCUCCAUUAGACUUGGGAGUUCACCAAGCUGACUUUAUCCCCAUCUCAUUCUAUAAAAUCUUUGGAUUCCCCACUGGUUUAGGAGCAUUACUGGUAAACAACCGGAUUGCUCCCUUCUUGAGGAAAACCUAUUUUGGAGGUGGAACUGCAGCUGCCUACCUUGCAGGAAAAGAUUUUUACUUCCCAAAGAAGUCUAUAGCAGAAAGGUUUGAAGACGGCACAGUCUCUUUUCUUGAUAUCAUUGCUCUGAAACAUGGAUUUGAUGUUCUGGAAAAAUUCACAGGCGGAAUGGAGAAAAUAAAACAACAUACCUUUGCAUUAGCUCACUACACCUAUACUGUGCUGUCUACCUUAAAAUAUGCCAACGGGGCACCUGUAGUGCGUAUUUACAGUGACACAGAUUUCAGUGAUCCAGAUGUCCAGGGUCCAAUCAUUAAUUUUAAUGUGCUCGAUGAAAGUGGAGAAGUGAUCGGCUUUUCACAGGUGGAAAAGAUGGCCAGCCUCUACAACAUACAUGUCCGCACAGGUUGCUUCUGUAACACAGGAGCCUGCCAGAUGCAUUUGGGUAUAAGCGAUGAGGACAUCCAAAAGAACCUGCAGGCUGGCCAUGUCUGUGGAGAUGAUAUAGACCUAAUUGAUGGACGUCCCACUGGUUCUGUGAGAAUAUCCUUUGGCUACAUGUCUUCUUUUGAAGAUGCGCAGACUUUUUUGAAAUUCAUCAUAGCCACAAGGUUCUCCAAGACAGACACUGAGAUUCCCUUUCAGCCCUCUGCUACACAGCUGACAACAGAACCUGUCCCAGAUGACCACUCUUACUUUAACAGCACCAAUAAAUUGUCUCCAAGAACGCACAUCGCAGAUAGAGAACACGGGAAUAAUCCAUCUGGAACAGAGCGGAUUGUCGGUUGGCAGCCACCGGAGUCUGACUCAGAAAGCAUAAGGGCAGCUGUUUCUGAGACUACCGUGCCAAAGUGUAGAAGGGGUGGCAAGCCCAUUACCGUCACCAACAUUUACCUGUAUCCAAUCAAAUCCUGCUCUGCAUUUGAGGUUACAGAAUGGCCGGUAGGAAAGCAAGGUUUGCUGUAUGACCGUAACUGGAUGGUUGUAAAUCAGAAUGGAGUUUGUAUAACUCAGAAGCAAGAGCCAAAGUUGUGUCUUAUAAGUCCCUCAAUUGAUCUGAAGCAAAAGAUUAUGGUCAUUCAGGCAGAAGGCAUGGACCCAAUAUCUGUAUCACUAGAAGAAAAUAUUGGAAAAGAGGCUGUGAUCUAUGAGAGCAAAGUCUGUUCACACAGGGUGAAAACAUAUGACUGUGGAGAAAGAACUGCUGGCUGGUUCUCUACAUUUCUUGGUCGUCCGUGUCGAUUGAUAAGGCAAAGUCCAGAGAGGAAAAAUGACGCACAACACAAAAAUACAAAAGGUCUGACAUGUGCUACAAGCAUCUCACUCUCUCUUGUGAAUGAAGCUCAAUACCUCCUGAUAAAUGCAGCAAGCAUUCUGCAGCUGAAAGAACAUGUUACUCCAAGAUUGAAAGAGCCGUUGGAAAUAGAGGAAUUAAUCCGACGUUUCCGUGCCAACAUUGUCAUCAGUGCACCAGAGUCCUUUGAAGAAGAGGAAUGGGCUGAGAUCUCAAUAGGUGCUCUGCAAUUCCAGGUUGUGGGUCCGUGUACCAGAUGUCAAGUAAUCUGCAUUGAUCAACAGUCUGGGGAACGAAACAAAGAAUUUCUGCAGUCUCUGUCUGCUGCCAGAGGUAAAAAGACAAACUUUGGCAUAUACCUGAUGAACCAGCCCUUGUGCUCAUCCCUUCCAGAUAUUUUAUCAGUUGGAUCUGAAGUACUUCCAGUGUUGAAGGAGAAUACAGAAAUUCAACGCCCAGCAUUCAGUGAAGAAAAAUAUUCAGGAUAGGUUCCCUGGCAGAGAUGAGACAUAUAUGCAACUCAAAAAAAACAAGUCAGUAGUCAGUUAUUCCAAAAGAAAGAAACAUCUUCCACUCAUUUGCUUCUGGUUUGAGUCUUUUAGUUUUCUGCUUGCAGCAAACUUUAUCAGAUGGCAGUACCCUUGAUAAUUACACCUCACCUACAUGUUUUUGCUUGUGAUUAGGUUAUGGCAGCCAUAACUCUAUUUUGCUCAAUUGCUUCAGGAUGCAACAGGCUUGAUCAAGUCUCAGUAGUGGAUGACUCCCAAAACAAGCCCAACAUUGUUGUCAGAAACCCACAUCUAAAUGAAUGAAAGUAAACACAAAAAUACCCUACUACUUCCUUAUGCUGCUUUGUGAAAACCACAUUUGGGAGAGAGGACACAGGCCAUGCUUUGUGAAUGUUGUGGGUGGGGAGGGGAUAGUGGAAGAGUGGUGAGAGAGUAGCAGUCCUUUCAGCUUUUCACAGUGAUGUAUAGACAGUCUGAGAGCACAGGAGAACAGGGAAUUUGCAUUGGGAAAUCUAUGUCAUCCUCCUGGGAAAAGGUGUCUUCAAAUGCCAGAAAGGCACAAAGCUCAGUGAAGACUCCAUAUGCCUUUACAAAACACAUUCCUGUGAAGCAAUUUCAUCCAUUUGAUCUGAAUGUCUUUUUCUCAUUCUCACUUGCCACUUUUACAUCUGAUCUGUUUCAGGUGAUGACUUCCCGCACACUUGCUUCCUUACAUAUUUGUGGAUGCUGGCACAUUUUUUUCUAAUUACUGAUUUAUCAACAAAUAUGGGCAUUUCUAUACAAACUUUGCUUAUGAUCAGCAAUCUCAAAUGGCUAAAAUGUUGAAACGUCACCUUGAGGGAACUCAUGAAAUGGAUGCUUGAAAGCAUCCAUUGAAUGCUUUUCCAUCCUGAAUAGGUGGAAGGAUGCUUUUUUCUUACUCCUGGUGCUUGUUCCUAAGAAUUUGAUAAUAUCCUUCUUAGAAGGUUUUUGAGUUCUUUUCUGCUCUAAACAUGACUGAUGCUUUUUGAUGGUCUAAAAGCUGGGACUUCAUCUGAUAUAUCAGUUCUGGAGAAAAUAAGUAAAAAAUAAAGCCACACAUUAAAUAAAUAAAUAAAUAAAUAAAUAAAUAAAUAAAUAAAUAAGGGAAGAAAAACAAAACAUAGGAAGUCAGUGUAAUACAAGACUAAAGAUACUGAGGCCGGGUGUUUUAUGACCCCCAGCAUGUGUCCAACCAGCCACAUGGCAGUGUCAUGCUUCCAGGAAGUCCUCCUGGAAAAGGAAAUUCCCCUGAAUUGGGAAGGAAAAUUUUUGACCCCAUUAAAAGCACUGUCAGGACUCUCAUCCAGAAUGAUUUAAGUCUUCCUUGGGGCGGUUUGGCUCAAACUGUGUGAAAGCACUUCUGGCUGAGGCAAUCCUUGAGUUGUUUGAGUGUGGCCCUAGAGGGGAGAAGGCAGCUUUGUGAAGGAUUUGGUCAAACAGUCGUUCUGAAAAAGGAGCCAUCAUCUCAGGGCACCAUACAGUGGGAAAAGGGAAGUGCAUUGCCCAGUGUGUGAAUCAGAAUUCAGAAGGUAGACGAACUUUUUUCUUUUCUUUCUCUCUCUUUUUUUUUUCGGUUCUUUUGAAGAACUGGUUUUACUCACUUCAGCUGGAACAGACUGUUAUUAGUUUCUCGGCAAGGCUUUGUAAUGGAAAUGAGGAGAGACGCUAUCUGUUUCUUACAACCCGCCAUAAAAUACAUGGAAAGAGAGAAGUGUUUUAUAUGUAUGUAAACUGAGGAUCAGUUUUGAGAGUUGUGCCUUCUGCUUCAGAGCCCAAGCCGUGCUCCUUGAUGUCUGCUUUGAAAACCAGGGGUUUUAUCUGUCUAGUAGUCGAUUAUCUGAUGUUGUAAUGAGCAGGCUUUUUGGAACCUUGAAAAGCAGCUUCCUGGUAUCUGAAUCUCUUAACUGUUUCACACUUUGCCUUUCUGUUAUGCAGAACUUUGUUUUGUUGGAUAGAAACCCAGUGCAGCUCUGGCAAAUUUAGUAUGAAAAGACCUGCUGCAUAGUGACCUUCAGGUGAUCUCUGGUGCUUUUCUCUGUCCUCUUCACCUCACCACCACCUCAUUUGUUUAGAAUGGCACAGAAGUUAGAUGAGGAAAUUGAAAGCAAACCUCAGUGAGCUCUGUUUUACUUGUCAUUGCAUUUACUGCAAAAUAAGCCACUUUGGUAUACAGUGAUUUGACAAAUACUGUUUGUAAAUAGCCUUAAUGCAGUGUAUGAUAACUGAGAGUGAGAAGAUUUGAACUUUUAAAAUGUCAUGCUUGGUCCUUCUGGCCUAUUAUUUACCAGCAAUUGCACUUUUUCUCUCCUGUGGCCCAGUAAUACUAGAUCAAGAACAAUUCUGACAUUUUACAGGGGAAAAAAAUAUUUCCUCCAAUGUAUGAACAUUCUCAUUAGUAUAUUCUGUGCAUUUCCCAGAAUGAACAUCUUUGUGCUGUAGUGAUGGGAAAUGUCACAAUGUUUCCGACUGAUGGAAGAGGCAUAAGGAAUCUUUCAUCUCAGUGAAGAAUAAUAUUUCCCUUCUGUUAAGUGUAGUGUCACCGCCAGUCUUUCCAUCAAUGAAGACAAACUCUUCUCAGUGUGAAUCUUUGUGGAAAAUCUUAAAGCAGGAGGAGUCAUGUUUAAAUGGCAUGCACUGGAGGUUUUGCAGGAAAAAUAUCCCUCCCAUAAUGUGAAAAAAAGUCAAAGAAAGGAAAAUCUUAGCAUCAUACAAACCACAGUACUGCGCAAGUGAAAAGAGCAUAAACACUUGAAAACACUGUGUAUAUUAGAUAGGAAUAUUAUAUGUUCUGUAAGGGAGUCACUGCUCAAUGUUCAGAGUAUAUAGAAAAAAAACAAUUUCAAAUGAAUACAGACUCUGAAAUUCUCUCCUUGCUGCAAAAUUAAAUCUUUGGAUUAAUUGCAGAUAUAUAUUUCCUUUCUAUGAAUGAGAAAUGUACUGAAUACAAUAUUUCCAGAGUGCUAUUUGUAGAAAGUCCUCUACAUAUUUGAAGCUUGUAUUUCCUUGCAAUGAAUUAUUCAGACACAUUCCAUAUUCUGUGGGACUUAACUCCUCAGAUCUCAAGGCAAGAAUGAUGAUUAUUGCAAGUUCUAAUAACAGCCAAGAGGCUGGAAUCACAGAACAGAAAUUGGCAUUCUUAGAAGAAGCCUCUGAAUUGUGUUCAGUGAUAUGAAUGUGAUAAUCCAGACACAUUAUGAUUUAUACAUUUUUGAUAGCAUCCUUCAAAAUGUGGUAAAAAAUUUUGGUCACCCUUCUGUCAAAAUCAUGUACAAAUCGAAAGUGACGAUUAUUGAUUGUCAUUCAUACAUUAUGGAGAUUAUGCUCUGCAUUUCUUCUUCAGACUGUUUCCUAACUUUCUUGGAAAUUAGACCAAUAAAAUACUGAUAGCGCUUGGCAUGUGA